CACUCGUCGGUUCCGAGCCACCGAUUGUUGAGAAUAGUGAGGAGAUUGUGGUGGCGGAGGAGACUCCAGUAGUGGACAUAAAAAUGGAGCUGAAUAUGGAAGCGGCGAAAGGCAGUGGUGGCAGUUCGCCAGCCUUUGGCGCUGAGUCAUUGAUUGUCGCAAAAGAGAGCGAAACGGUAGCGGAAGAGACUCCUGUGGCGAACACUGGAAUGGAGACAAAGAUAGAGGAGACUGCAGACGGUGCAGAGAAGCAUAUGCCUGAGCUAGAUGCUUCUCAACAUGUUGGUGUCAAGUCACCAAUUGGUGUGAAAGAUGAUGAAGACAAUGAUGAAUUGGUUCCUGAGGUAGAUACUAAAACGGAGAUGGAGGCAAAGGUGGACGUGGAAGCGGGAAAAGGCGGUGGGGAAGAGCAUCUUUUAGAGUUACAUGAUUCGUCAUUUGUUUGUACCGAGCCAUCGAUUGUAGUCAAAGACAACAACAGGGAUGACGGGGUGUUGUGUAAAGAGGACACACCAAUGCUGGACACUAAAAUAGAAACAGAGACAGAGGAGGAGGCCACACAGGUCUCUGAGUCGUCCAAAGACAAUAUUGUGAGGAAUGAAGCUGCAGUUGAUAAUGAUACUAUGAUGGCAGACUCCGAAAGGGAGACAGAAACCGAGGCUGAGGCGGGAAGGGGCAGUGGAGGGGAAUCUGUUCAGGAGUUUGAAGAUUCAAAUCUUGUUGACCAAGAUGAGGGAGACGAGGUGGCGGAAGAGGAGAUUCCAGCUGCCGAGACUGAAGUAGAGGAGGAGAUUCCGGAUGCGGACACUGCAAUGGAGACGGAAAUGGAUGCGGCGGAGUCAUGGAAAGGAGCUGGAGGGAAGCGCAAGAGAGGGAGGCACUCUAAGGGUCCAGCGAAGAUUCCAGCUAGAGCUCCACAGCGGAAGACGGUGGGAGAGGAUGUUUGUUUCAUUUGCUUUGACGGAGGUGACCUUGUGCUGUGUGACCGCCGGGGUUGCCCCAAAGCGUAUCAUCCUUUUUGUGUUAAUCGUGAUGAGGCAUUCUUUCAAGCUAAGGGCCGUUGGAAUUGUGGCAUUGACUGGUGCCGAGAAACGGGGGAGUCCCAGUGCAGAACCUGCAUGCCCAGCAGUUUUGUGAUUGACAAGCUGUUUAAGUUGAUGCUUGCCCUCCAGUAGGACUUAAAUCAUCCUUAAGAUGAUUGAUUGUUAAUAUCCAAACAAAUUUCAGGGCUUUUGUAUGUAAUUCAGCCAUCCAAGUAGAGUAAAUAUCAGAAGAGGGCAUGCAGAUGUUUGCAGUAUGCUGACUUACAUUUUCAUUUGUACUUUGUAGACAUAUGUUUGAGAUUUUUUUUGAACAAAAAAUUGUUGGGCCCUUGAAGCUCAUUGCAGUUGUAUCUGUGACAAUUAUACCAGGAGAAACAUAUUGCCA